ACAGCAACAAUGGAUCGGAACCCAUGUAGACACCGAGAAAAAUAAAGUACGACAAUGUUUGGUAGGGGGUUUAAACUUAUUGGCACUGUUGAUGUGCUUUCACAAACCAGUAUCGUAAACGUGAUUUGACCUUUGAAGUUGCUCGAUAACUCGAUUGUUCCUCAAAAUCAGACCUACAAGAGGCAAAAAUGCUUGCUGCAAGGUAACGAUACACGCACGAAGAAUCGUUCUCCCAUAACCUGAUUUCGAGCUCUCUUUGUCUGUGUGCCUAGAUAUCGGUAACCCCUGAGCGAUCAGAAAUCUUGUGACGACAAAACGAGCAAUCGACGACGGUGCAUGCGAGGAAAAAAAAUGUCGUGUUCCAGUGAGCUGUCACGAUCCCACGAAUAUCUCAGCUUUCGUAGUUCCGUUCCGCUCAGGAAAAUCGUGGUCGAUGCUGAUGGUACCAAGGGAUGGAAGGUGUACGAUUCCAGUCCAAAAACCAUUAAGUGCCCUCUGAUAUGUCUUCCACCAGUAAGUGGAACAGCGGACGUGUUCUUUAAACAAAUAUUAGGCUUAGCGGCUAAAGGAUACAGGAUUAUAUCGGCCGAACCGCCGGUAUACUGGAACGUGAAAGAGUGGUGCGAUGGAUUCAGAAAACUUUUAGAUUACAUGGAACUGGAUAAAGUACAUCUGUUCGGCGCUUCAUUAGGUGGAUUCUUGGCGCAGAAAUUUACCGAGGUUAACGCUCAUUGUCCCCGAGUAGUAUCACUGGUACUCUGCAACACGUUCACGGACACGUCGGUGUUCAAUUACAACGAUUCGGCCGCAGUGUUUUGGAUUCUGCCGUCGUUGAUAUUGAAAAAGAUGCUUAUGGGAAACUUCGUGACGGAUAAGGUCGACGGGGAAAUGGUGGAAGCUAUAGAUUUCAUGGUUGAAAGGCUGGAAAGUUUAACGCAACCCGAAUUGGCGUCCCGAUUAACAAUGAAUUGCGUGAAUUGUUACGUCCAGCCGCAAAAAAUAUGUCACCUGCCUAUCACGAUCAUCGAUGUAUUCGACGAGUACGCACUGUCUAAUUCUGUGAGGGAGGAGAUGUACAAGUGUUAUCCCAAUGCUAAGCUGGCGCAUCUAAAGAAUGGCGGAAAUUUCCCGUAUUUAAGCCGAUCGCCAGAAGUAAAUUUGCAUUUACAGAUUCACCUGAGACAAUUCGAGGGCACCGAAUACGCUGCUUCCGAAAGGACAAAGUUGUAGCGAUCUGGUAAAGGAUGAAAGAAAACAAAAUAUCGAAGUCGUCGUACCGACACAUAUUCCACGUAUGCGCGUUCCUUUACUCGUUUCCUGAUUACGAGCCAACAAGAUUUUCGUGUUGUUAUCAGUUACGCAAUACGUAUUAAUACUUAUAGAUUAUAAUAGCAAUCUCGAAUCGUUCAACAAAUAUACUCGACAUAUCAAGUAUGCUGAACUUUUUAAUAAUGUAUGUAAUAUGAAACUUUUACGAUACGUUUAUUUCUUUUCUAUCGCGAUGUUUGCGAAGGUUUCGCGUUAUUAAAGUCGUUCGAUUCGUGAACGAAAAUUGAAACUAAAAAUGUCAAACGAGAUAAUAAAUAAUGUUUGCCUGUUGCGAUCGUAUUAAUAUCGAUAAGAUAUAGGAUCAUUAACUAAAUCUCUGUGUAUACUAGUUCGAAAUAAAUGUAAUUUUGUAAGAAA